GACCGCGCCGCGCACGAGCGCCAGCGGCCACCGCCGAUCCACCGCCAUCACCGGAUCCGCCUCCGCCACUUCCGGCGCCGCUCGGGCUCACGGCGGGAAUAGAGGGAGCGGCCAGAGGACCAGAAACCGCCCCCGCCCUCCCGGUGUAAUAGAGAUAGCGGCUGGGAGGACCGGAAAAGCCCCCUCGGCCACGCGGAAACCAUCGAGAUAACCGGUGGCGGACCGGAAAUCCCCCCACCCCACGGAGAUCAUAGAGACGGCGGCUCGGGACCGGCGGACUCGUGACUCGCGGUCGGAUCCCCCGAUCGUCGGGAACGGGAUCACGGAACGGCUCCAGCCCCGGGAAAGGGACGGGCGAUCUCGCCCUCACCCCGGGACGAGCCGGUACCGAAAACAGACACGAGAUCAAAGUGGUUCAGAGCCAUUUAUUAGCAAUUUAAAAUACAAAAUCGCCCUCGUGGCGAUGGCGCGGUCCCUCGGCGAUCCCCGUCCCUCCGCGGUGCCUACAGAGGAGAAAAGGGCGGUGAAGGCGCGGCCCGGAGCGCUCCGGAGCUCCCGGGCCGCGCCAGGGCUUUGUCCUUGUCCCGGCGUGUGAGGGUGGGACCGGCGGACGCGACCGCCGGCACCGAAGACUUCGCGCCGGUCGCUGCUUUCCCUCCGGACAUCACAGGCCCCGGCACGGCGCCGCCGGGGCCCGCCAAGAACGGGAGGAUCCUCCCGGCGCCUCCCGCCCGGUUUUAUCCCCAGAGCAACCCAAAGCACCGACCCGACCCCGCCGCUCACACAGCGCAGAAAAGAACACCCGCUCCUCGGCCGCGGUUUAUAUAGCGAACGGGGGCGGUGGGAGGGGGGGUCUCGGGGAAUUUGUCCAAUCAGAGCACCGGCGGGCGCGACCCAACCAAUGAGAACUCGCUGAAGGAGAAGCGGGCCAGGCGCAAACAAAAUUUUAACGUGAGCGGGGGCUGCCGCGAGCGCAGCGAAUCAGAACCCGCCGCGCGCGCUCAGGGGCCAAUCACCUUCGCAGGGGUGCGAGUGGGCGGUGCUGAGUGACCGGAAGUUGGGCCCAACCGGAAGCGGUGUCCACGCGUGGGGGCGCGAUGGGGAUCGGGGGCAAAAUCAACCGGCCGCGAACGGAGCUCCGCAAGAAGCUCUUCAAGCGGCGGCGGGAGCUGGCGCGGGGGCGGCGGCAGAAGCGGCGGUCGGUGUCGGUCCCGGUGGUCCCGGCCCCGCUCUGGGGGAAGCGGCGGCGGAAGGAGCUGAAGCGGCUUCGGGGGGCGGCCAAGAGGGCGCUGCAGGCGGCCGUGACCGAGGAGAAGAGGCCGCAGAAGGAGGCGGGGACCGGGGACAGCGGCGGCGACGUGGAGAUGGCAGAGGCGGCACCGGAGUGACCCCGGUGCCGCCAGUUCUUCCUGCUGCCCCCUCACCCACCCCGGUAUCCCCAAAAUGUCAGCGCUGCCCCGAAGCUGUUUGUCACCGGUGUCCUCUCACCGGUGUCCCCAGCAAUAAACUCGCUCUCCUCUCGC